AUAUAUACAUUUCCUCUUGGGUGCGUUCUUGAAUUUCUGUCGUUGUUUUACUUCUGGGUCUUGCGGAAUCGGUCCCUGAAUUCAUUCGUCCCUUUUUCCUGCGUUUUUGCUUGGAAACGGAUGAAUGGGCUGAUUUCAAGAAAGGUGACUGAGCUGGCGAGCCAAGUUCAGUUUGACUCGGGGUCCAUCAGCUUGUGCGGAUUGCAGCGACGGUGUUGAAGGGUGGUUGGGCAGGCAAAGCUUGGAUCUUUCGGUUUCUUCCAAGCACUUCUCGCUUUCUCAAUCUAGCGACAAAUAAUUAUUAAAUCUCGCUCCCAAAUAUCAAUUCCGGAACUCUUCUCUCUCUCUCUCUCUUCUCUCUACAAUACCAAAAGAUUCCUCCCCCAGUGGGCCAGUUCAUCACGUACUGAGAGAGUGCGGGAGAUUCAUUUAUGGAAUAAAUAUACAAGGAAAGAUCACAGAGAGCACAGAGCUGUGCAUUUAACGGUCGCUAAUUGCUCUCUUCAAAUCUGACCAGACCCUUUUCUUGCUCUGCCUAGCCAUGUACUAAUUAGUAUUAGCAUAUUCGUCCAGAUUCCGUCUCUUUCUGGGUCUUCCAAGAACUGACCAUUGGGCUCUCAAUACAGAGAGCCUGAUUGGGGAUUGGGGAUUCGGUCCAUAAGUAAUCAGGAUGAAAGGAGCUGUCUUGGUGGCCAUUGCUGCCUCAAUAGGAAACUUUUUGCAAGGAUGGGAUAAUGCCACCAUUGCAGGGGCCAUCGUCUACGUAAAGGAGGACCUCGACUUGGGAACCACGGUCGAGGGUCUUGUGGUGGCAAUGUCGCUCAUUGGCGCCACAGUCAUUACAACCUGCUCGGGAGCCAUAUCAGAUUGGGUUGGUCGACGUCCGAUGCUGAUUCUAUCAUCAAUUCUGUACUUCAUCAGUGGUUUGGUAAUGCUAUGGUCACCCAAUGUGUAUGUCCUAUGCAUAGCUCGGCUAAUUGAUGGAUUCGGGAUCGGCUUGGCAGUUACCCUUGUUCCAAUUUAUAUAUCCGAGACUGCCCCAUCAGAGAUAAGGGGUCUGCUGAAUACCCUUCCGCAGUUCACCGGUUCUGGUGGAAUGUUUUUGUCAUAUUGCAUGAUAUUUGGGAUGUCAUUGCUGGCAUCGCCGAGCUGGAGGUUGAUGCUUGGGGUUCUAUCUAUUCCCUCGAUUAUUUAUUUUGUCCUCACAGUUUUUUACUUGCCUGAGUCGCCAAGAUGGCUUGUGAGUAAAGGGAAGAUGCUUGAGGCAAAACGAGUUCUCCAGAGACUGCGUGGCAUUGAGGAUGUCUCAGGUGAGAUGGCUUUGCUAGUUGAAGGGCUUGGAAUUGGGGGUGAAACAUCCAUUGAAGAGUAUAUAAUAGGGCCAGCUGAUGAACUUGCAGAUGACCAUGACCCAGAUUCUGACAAAGACAGGAUCAAACUAUAUGGACCUGAGCAAGGCCUGUCCUGGGUUGCCAAGCCCGUCACUGGACAGAGUUCUCUUGCCUUAGUCUCCCGCCAUGGAAGCAUGGUGAACCAAAACAUGCCUCUGAUGGACCCGCUUGUGACUCUAUUUGGCAGCAUCCACGAAAAGCUCCCGGAGACAGGAAGCAUGAGAAGCAUGCUCUUUCCCAAUUUUGGUAGCAUGUUCAGUACUGCAGACCCUCACAGUAAAGAGGAAAGGUGGGACGAAGAGAGCCUACAAAGGGAAGGUGAGGGUUAUGCAUCCGAGGCUGCAGGAGGAGAUUCUGAUGACAACUUACAUAGUCCAUUAAUCUCUAGGCAGGCGACAAGCAUGGAGAAGGACAUGGCCCAUGGAAGUGCUCUGAGCAUGAGACGCCACAGCAGCCUCAUGCAAGGAGCUGGAGAGCCAGGUGGAGCAACGGGCAUCGGUGGGGGUUGGCAGUUGGCAUGGAAAUGGUCAGAAAGAGAAGGUGAGGAUGGGAAGAAGGAAGGGGGAUUCAAGAGAAUUUAUUUGCACGAGGAAGGUGUCCCGGGAUCGAGACGUGGAUCCCUUGUUUCGCUUCCCGGGGCCGACGUUCCUCCGGUUGGGGAGUAUGUUCAGGCCGCUGCCUUGGUUAGUCAGCCUGCUCUCUAUUCAAAGGAGCUCCAGGAUCAGCACCCGGUUGGGCCGGCCAUGGUUCAUCCCUCUCAAACCGCCUCGAAGGGGCCGAUCUGGGCUGCUCUUCUUGAACCUGGAGUUAAACAUGCGUUGAUUGUCGGAAUUGGAAUUCAAAUACUUCAGCAGUUCUCGGGCAUAAAUGGGGUCCUUUAUUACACCCCUCAAAUUCUUGAAGACGCUGGAGUCGAAGUUCUUCUUUCGAGCAUGGGCCUCAGUUCAAACUCUGCUUCAUUCCUUAUCAGUGCAUUCACAACCUUCCUGAUGCUUCCUUGUAUAGGCAUUGGCAUGAGGCUUAUGGAUACAUCUGGAAGAAGGACGCUGCUGCUCACUACGAUUCCUGUGCUCAUCGUGACGCUGGUGGUUCUGGUCAUCUUUGAACUGGUGACCAUCAGUACGGUCGUUAAUGCCGCGAUUUCGACCGCUUGUGUCAUAAUUUACUUUUGCUGCUUCGUGACGGCGUACGGGCCUAUUCCCAACAUCCUCUGCUCCGAGAUCUUCCCCACGAGGGUCCGUGGCCUUUGCAUCGCCAUAUGCGCGCUCGUUUACUGGAUAUCCGACAUCAUCGUCACCUACACUCUACCCGUGAUGCUCUCUGCCUUUGGCCUGGCGGGUAUCUUUGGCAUUUACGCGGUUGUGUGCGUGAUCUCGUGGGUCUUCGUCUUCUUGAAGGUCCCCGAGACCAAAGGCAUGCCCCUCGAAGUCAUCACGGAGUUCUUCUCCGUCGGAGCAAGGCGGGUUGCGGCUGUCAAGAACGAGUGACCGAAUGUUUUGUCUCUUGUCCCAACUCCGGUUAACACUGUUGAGAAGCCGAUUAAGUUUGUGUUCGGAAAGUUUUGCAAAUUAUCCUUUGUAUUCAAGUUCUCACCAUGCCUUCCAAUUCGAAAACGAUUAUUUUGUUUUUUUUUUGUUCUGGUGAUCUUGCCCAGAAAGAAGUGAAAAAUUCCAUCAUUUUGAGAGCACAGCAUGAAGAA